AUGAUCCGUAACAGGUCAAUUAGGGAAAAUCUGUCCCAGCAACAGCCGGGCCCGCUGCCGCUGUUCGCAGCCCGCCGCCCGGCGUGUGUCCUGCUGCAGCCCGACCUGCCCCCUGUGCCCGGCCACUCGGAGCUUGCCCCGGGCUACCGUCGGUGCCCGCACCUGCCCGCGGAGCUGCGGAACCCGGACGGGCCGCCGCGGCGGCUCAGCUCCGUGGGAGGGGUUGUCACCAGCUUCAUCAUCCUGGGCAUGGGACCGGGCAGGCAGCUCCCCACCAAGACCUGGGGGCUCCGUUUCGGCCAGGCAACAGCCCCCGAGGCGGCGGGAGGCAGGGCAGAGGCUGGCGAGGGCGGCCUGUGGCUGGAGCAGAGGUGGGGGGGUACCUGCCGGGAGACAACCGCCGGCCACUGCCCCGGUUGCUCAGGGGAACGGCAUGGGUUGCCAGCCAGCGAAAAUAUAAACGAACAGCAGCGAGUGGGAGAGCCGGCACUGCCGCCUGCCUCGCAGGCUGACCCUGCUCCCAGCCACAGCCGAGCAUCCUUGCCUCAGCAAGCUCGGCCAAGCGGGAAGCCGGGCGGUGACAAACCCAUCCACUGGCAUCCGGAGAAAGAUUUUGUGAGAAGUCAGAAGAACCAUACGCUAAUUUUCACCAAGGAAAACACAAUUCGCAACUGCAGCUGCUCGGUGGAUAUCCAUGACUGCGACUACUGCCUGGCAAACUUGAUGUGCAAUUGCAAAACAGUGCUGCCUUCUACCAUGGAAAAAACUACCUACAAGAGCCACCUCACCAUUUGGUUCACAGACACCUCUGUGCUGGAGAUGCUUCUCAACUUCACAAGGGUGCGGGAUUUGAAGCUGUCCUUCUGUGGCACCACUCCUCUCCCAACAGAAUACUUGGCCAUUUGGGGACUUCGAAAGCUGCGGGUAAAAAAGGUCAAGGGACUGUUUCCAGAGCAGAGUGUAACCAUCUACAGCAGCAGCAACAAUGAAAAAGAAAACUCACUCGCAAUGCACAACAAGGACAGGCAAAUGCUUGCACAUAUUUCUUUUCUGGAUACCUCUCUUUUCAAUGGAUAUUCUUUGCUGAAGUCAUACAGUGUGGAAAACGUCUCUAGUAUCAUGGAGCACUUUCCCAGCCUGCUGUACUCUGAUGUUUCCUCAACCUCAGAUAACAAGAGCUAUGUUGUAACAUUCAUUUACUGAGUUAUUUGACAUAUUCAGUAGUCAGAGGCAUGUUAGACUGCUAAGAGACUGACAAGACUUCUUUAAGUCUGUCUCGUUUGGCCAGGAGGAGCUGUUAGGCGAUGAACAGUUCUGACUGUGAUAGCACUCUACAAGGAGGUGUUUUAAGACAGACAGACUCAGACUGAUUUAGUAAAUGCCUUCUUAAAGAACAAAGAAAAUGUGAAAUGACUGUUUUAGAAAGCAUUGAUACAAAUUCUUUCUAUAUAUUGUACGCUGAGAAUUGAUAUCUACAGACAAGUUUUGUUCUAAGGUUGCACCUCAGACAGAAAAAGACAUAACCAUGUUAUCUCCAGUUGUAAAGGAACCUGAGCCUCCCAGAGAGUCACUGCGGUUAGCUGGCAGCUCAGGAGGUCUCCAGCGCAACUGCCUGCCCCAAGGAGAGCCACCUCUGGGAUCAGGCUUCUCAGGGGGUUCUGCAGUCAGGUCCCAAAACCCAAGGAUGGAGCCUGCACAACCUCAUUGGGCAACCUGCUCCACUGCCUGCCUGUCCUCUUGGGGAAACUUUUUUCCAUGGAUGGACCCCAGCCUCCUCUUCUUCAGACUGAGCAAGCCCAGAUCCCUCACACUGUUCUCAAUGUCACAUGCACCAGCCACGGACUGACCAUCUUGAUGCCUCUCCACUGGACUGCUUCGGUUGAUCCAUAUCUUUCUUGCACUAGGAGGGGCAGAACUGCCUGCAGUACUCUGUAUGGAGUCUAGUAAGUGCUGGGACAAGGAAAAUAAUCCCUUCCUUCCACCUACUGGCCAUGCCCCUGUCGAUACAGCCCACUGCUGGCAGGUUCAAUGUGUGUGAGGUGGUUACAGGUUACUCAAACUAGGAGUGCAGAGGUGUCCUUACCCUCUGGUACGUGGUCAGAGCUGGGAAGCCUCUACUGGGGCUGUGUGACACAGCCUCUUGUGAAAGCAGGGACAGGCUAUGCAGACACCCUCCAACCUCAGCACCCAGUAAAGGCAUGUUUAGAGGAUGACCAGGAAGCCAUGUUCUUUGCCAAGCCAUGGCAAAGAAAGCAUGGCAAAGCACUGGGCAGGAGGCCACCUGACAGGUGAGACGCCAUGCUCAUAAAGGUGUUCCCAGGGAAAUGCCUGUCCCUUGCACAUGAAGUGUGCUGACACCUGCAAUUUCCCCAAAUGCCAGGAGCUUGACUUCACCUUCUUUGAUAAUGGCAAGCUCUGUCAAUGUUCUCCUCUACAAGAAAGCAGAAAAAUCCCAUCCAAUAACUUGUCUGAUAAGGGAGGCAAGGCUUCUGGCAGACAUGUAGCAAACAAUUUUUAGAUGCAUUGAGGGAAACAUAUGCUGGGACUAUUGAUGUAGCACACAGUCUGCUCCUUGCCCAUUUCUGCAGCAUUUGCAUUCUGUGAGGUACAAAUAAGACCAGGAACCAUCCGUAUAGUACAAUACAGGCCUUGGAAUACUAAGUCCUAACAGUCUGUCAUUGCCAGCAAAGAAUUACAUGAAACUGGGAUAAAAUAUGUGUACUGAAGGGAAUGGCUAUCAAGAUUUUGAGGAACCAAUGAGGUUGCUUCAACAACUUUAAAGAGGGACUUCUUUUGUAACUGCAAUCAAUGUCACAGCAGUUUUGCCAGGAAGCAAAACUUAAUCUUCCAGAAUACUUAAAUACAUGCACACCUUCCAUGACUGUGAGUUCUCCCACUCAACUCAACCAUGUGGUAACUACUGAAUUAAUGGAGUUUAUUUGCAACUGCAAAUUAACAGAUUUAAGCACAUGAGUGUUUGAAGGCUGAGGAUUGAACUCGGUUUAACUCAACCAGACAACUAUAAAAUCAGCUGUUGUAAAGCCCUUAUUUCCUUUGUCAGCACCUGGGCAACAAAUUGCAAGCCUUCUUCCCACAUCAUAGAUAUUUCUGGUGAUACCUCUCACAACUGUGUCAUGACAGGAGCAGGAGCUGGGCUGACAGAGAUUGGUGACAGUGGGGUGGUGGUGUUCUGGGCACGUUACAUGCCUGGAAUGUAAUACAGACACAGGCAAACCAUUCUUAAUGUCUCCCCCAGGCAUCCCAUGCUCCAAGUGCCUCCAAGAACACUAACCUUGCCUUCACAAACUGGCUAGUCACUAAUCGUGCACAGAAUACUAUUGUAAAUAAAAACCAGAGCUGGCACACACAA